AUGAAAAAUCAUGAGAAUACUUUUGGUGGGUUUCCUAAUUCAUCUCAAGGAUUCAUGCAAGAUUUUAAUCACAUUAAUAAGUUUAAUGUGAAUGGGUCAUUUUUCAAUCCUGUUUCCGGGGUCCAAACAACAAAUUUUGAUCCUUGUGAUAAUUUUACCUAUGAUUUCAAGCCUAAUUUGUUGGAGAAUAAUGGUAGUGGUAAUGCUUAUGCUAUGGACAAUUUUUUAUAUGGAGGCUAUGGUUUGAACAUUUUUCAGAGAAAUAAUAAUAAAGUGGAAAUGUUGGUUACAAACCAACAAAAUUAUUUUCCCUUUAAUAUUAAUUCUCAAAAAACCAAGCCUUUGAAUUUUGUUGUACCUGAUAAAAUCUCAUGCAUAUCACCAAUGAAUUAUUACAAAAGAAUUGGCAUGAACAGAAACAAUGCUAGAAAGACAGAAAAAGUUCAGAAGUCCAACAUAGUCAAAGGGCAAUGGACAGUACAAGAAGAUAGGUUGUUGAUUCAGCUGGUUGAAAAAUAUGGAUUGAGAAAGUGGUCUCAUAUUGCUCAGUUAUUCCCAGAUAGAAUAGGAAAACAGUGCAGAGAGAGAUGGCAUAAUCAUCUAAGGCCUGACAUUAAGAAGGACAUAUGGAGUGAGGAAGAGGACAAAAUAUUGAUAAAAGCUCAUUCAGAGAUAGGAAACAAAUGGGCAGAGAUAGCUAAAAUAUUAGCUGGAAGAACUGAAAACUCAAUCAAAAACCAUUGGAAUGCAACCAAAAGAAGACAAUAUUCCAAAAGAAAGUGUCGUUCAAAGUACCCUAGAGGAACUCUUCUACAAGAAUAUAUCAAAAGCUUGAACCUUGACAAAAACCCUCCAAAAGAUUAUAGAAGAAAAUCUACCACUAAUGCUACUUUGUUCAAAAACAAAACCAGUCAAAUCACUCUGUCUCAAACACCUCAUCAACAAUUUUGUCUCAAUCAGUGUUUGGUACCAAGUUCUGAUUUUGAUGAUGUACCAGAUUUUGAGAGUUUGUUUCAAGAUGGGUGUAGUAUUGAUUCUCUGCUAGAGGAUAUAAAAUCUGGAUCAAGUGUUAAUCUUGUUGAUGAGACAGAUAUUAUGGGAUCAAUUAUGUUUGGAGUUGAAGUUAAGAAGGAGAUGUAA